UAAAGGUCACAAGCAAGAUGGCGGCGAACAAACGUGUACUUUAUAUUGGUGGUCUUGCGGAAGAAGUGGAUGAAAAAGUGCUGCACGCUGCCUUCAUUCCUUUUGGCGACAUUAUAGAUAUUCAGAUCCCAUUAGAUUAUGAAACAGAGAAACACCGAGGUUUCGCCUUCAUCGAGUUUGAACUGGGAGAGGAUGCAGCAGCUGCUAUUGAUAACAUGAAUGAGUCAGAACUGUUUGGUAGAACCAUCAGGGUAAACAUUGCCAAACCUAUGAGAAUUAAAGAAGGCUCUUCUCGACCAGUUUGGUCUGAUGAUGACUGGCUAAAGAAGUUCUCAGGGAAGACCACAGAGGAGAGCGAGGAGGCGGAGUCAGUUGCAGAAUCAGCCAAUACAAACACACAAGAGGGAGAACCACCGGCAAAGAAAGGCAGAACUAACCCUCAGGUCUACAUGGACAUCAAGAUCGGCAACAAACCUGCAGGCAGACUGCGCUUCCUACUGCGAGCGGAUGUUGUGCCAAUGACAGCAGAAAACUUCCGUUGUUUGUGUACACAUGAGAAGGGCUUUGGAUUCAAGGGCAGCAGCUUCCAUAGAAUCAUCCCUCAGUUUAUGUGUCAGGGCGGAGAUUUCACCAAUCACAACGGCACUGGGGGCAAGUCCAUUUAUGGAGGCAAGUUUGAUGAUGAGAACUUUGUCCUUAAACAUACUGGACCGGGUCAGUUGUCAAUGGCAAACUCAGGUGCCAAUAGUAACGGCUCUCAGUUCUUUAUCACCGUUGAUAAAACUGACUGGCUGGAUGGCAAACACGUAGUCUUUGGAGAGCUUGUAGAGGGGAUGGAUGUACUCCGGGCCAUGGAGGCUCAGGGAACAAAAGAUGGAAAACCUAAACAGAAGCUCAUUAUCUCCAACUGUGGAGAGUAUGUGUGAGAUGCUUGUGAGAUUGUGGAAAAACUGUAUAUUUUUUUCAUAACUAAUUUGUAAAUAUCCAAAUAAAACUUUUAUAGAAAACUAUUUUGUUUGUUUUUCUGCCAAAUGUUUGCCAUUAUAUUUGUUUUAGUAAAAUUAGGUUAGGCUGGAAUUUGCUUGCACUGAUUUAUCGAUAAUUGAUUAAAUCAGACAUUUAAUCGAAAUAGUUAGAUAUAUAAUAUUUGUGACACAAUACUGCAAUUUUUUUUUUAAAUAUGCAAGUCAUGACUAGAAUGCUUUGGUUUAAACUGUUAACUUAAUAUUACACACAAUAUUAUCUCAAUAUCAAUUUCAGAAGAUACACAGCAUUGCAGUCUCCAUCCAGUAGAUGGCAGAAUUGCUCCAGGAAACCUCUGGAUAGUAUACUGUAUUUCAA